AUGGAACUUCCGUCUGAUUUGAUAGAGGAGAUACUCUCAAGGGUUCCAGCUAGAUCUCUUGGAAGAUUAAGAUACACUUGCAAGCAGUGGAAAACACUAAUUGCAGAGCCUAGAUUCGUCAACAAGCACUGGUUACACAUGCGUUGCCGUGAGCAACAAUUCACGAUCUUCAGCAACGAACACAUAGUUUCUCUUUCAUUCGGUUCCACAAUUUCUUACGUUGGUAUCGAUUUCAACAAACCAGAAAAAAUUGGUUUGAAAUUGCCGUUUCCAAUAGCUUUGACACCGGCGAUGAAUCACUGUGACGGUCUAUUGCUAUACGUCACUAAGAGUAUGCUUUUGGUUUCGAAUCCUUUGUUGAAUCAAAAGAGGUGGAUCAAAGGUAGCCAAGGAUUUGACCAUUCUAUGGAUGUGUAUGGUCUUGGAUACACUAGUAACCAAUCAUCAGGUUCCUAUGAUUACAAAAUUGUAAGGUUUCGUUGUAGUUUCAGCACUCAUAAUUCAUCGAGGCUUGAAGUCUACGCAUUCAAAUCUGAAUCUUGGAAGGUAGUCGUCGAUAAAAACUUUAAUGGUUUCUAUGGAGUACCAUUCUCAAGUGUGUGUUUGCGAGGGACUCCUUAUUGGCUAGGUUACAAUAAAGAUGGUAAAAGACUCACGUCGAUACAGAAUUUCGAUUUCUUACAAGAGAGAUUUGAGCCCUUGUAUCUUCCUCCUCCAUCCAUUGAUUUGGAAAAUUACCUUUCUUUAGGGAUUUUCAGAGGAGAUCAACUCUCUUUGUUACUUGAAUGCUACAGAACUAGAAAGAUACAUUUAUGGGUGAUGAAGCAGCAGCAUUGGCGCACGGUGUUGACAGUUGAUGUACCUCAACUUCCGAUAUUUGGUCAGUAUUUAAGUUCCUUCAUUGAGAAAAAUGGUAUGCUUGCGCUAUAUACCGAAAGCGAGCGGCAGUGUAUUAGCAUCUACAUUAAUGUGGGAGAGAAUCAAGAUUACCAAAAAAUUGAUUGCCUCAAUGGUACCGGUCGUACUCUCAGUGAUUGCUGCUAUGUUGAGAGCUUGCUUCAGUUUCCAUGAGCUUCGAGGUGAGACGAUGAAGACUAAUUAGCUGGCUAGAUAAGGUUAGAGAUUUAUAUUUGUUUAAAACUAUGACUCAGAUUUUAAGGCUUUUCUAUUUUUGCUAUUAGCACAUUUUAUAUACAACAACAUGUUGAAAACUUUUCAGUGACAAAAUUGAUAACACCAACUACUUAACCUCAAUGACAAGAUUGACAA